AUGCUGUCUCCUCUAAUUGACAAUAGUGAUGACUGGCGCCGUUUGCGUGACAGGGGCUAUGCCAGCGAUGAAUUAUUACGCCGUUGCGAUGUGCAUCACAAGACGCAGUUAGCGCGUCACAUUUUAUGUGUGCUGAUCCAUCACGACGAAAUUAUAGCACUAACGGGCAGUGACGAGGAGCCUGAUAACGGCGUUACGACGCGGUUGCGACGGCAUUUUGCCGAGCUGAAGAGUAAUAAACCGUAUCGGGAGGCAUACGCAGCCAUGGUCGCCUCUGCGGACUGGUCGAUAUUAGAGACGUUUUUUGAGCAAGCGCUCGCCCAGAUGAGUCCUCAGCGGACUCUUCACUACUAA